AAUCGGGAUCUCUGUUACUAAUCGAUGGCAAAAGACCGCGAAAUUUUUCCCGAGGAAGUAGAAAAAUAUAAACAAACUCUGAGUUCACUUGUUUUGAAGUCAAUUGAAAUAACUAUAACCAUAUGAACUAACUUAUAUUUUCAAAGGUUAUAAGUAUCGAUUAAUGAGCAUGUGAAUAUUACCGUGAAUAACAAUGUAAGGCGAAAUGGCAGCCUUCCAAAGUCCAAGGCCAACGCCACAUUUUUUUCAGGAGGUGCAAACUUUCUCCACGAAAAAGUCAAGAGGUACACCAAGAGAUCAGCUUCCACCAAGACCACCUGUGAAAAGUGCUCCACCUGUAAGCCGUAUUUUCCCACAUAGACCAGUGACAAGAGCUCAGAUUGUGUCCUUUAGAAGUUCAAAAACAAAUGACUCUGUAUUGAGUCCAGGGUACAACCAACAUAGUAGAGAUUUGUAUUUUAACCAGUGUUUUCAGGUGAUUUCACAACUAGGUGCUGGCUCUUUUGGUGAGGUGUUUAAAGUCAAGAGUAAAGAAGAUGGAAAGCUGUAUGCAAUUAAAAAAUCUCGUGAAAGAUUCAGGGGCCAGUCAGAUAGAAGGAAACUUGAAGAGGUAGCUAAACAAGAGAAGUUGCCACAUCAUCCAAACUGUGUAAAAAUACACAAGGCGUGGGAAGAAAGACAACACCUUUAUCUCCUGGUGGAACUUUGUAAAACUAGUUUGAGUAACUAUGCCGAGGCACAUCAUGAUAUUAGUGAGCCCGUCAUCUGGAACUUUCUUGUAGAUCUUUUACAGGCUGUGAAACAUCUUCAUGCACAUAACCUGAUACACAUGGAUAUCAAGCCUGAUAAUAUAUUUAUAUCAUACGACGGUAUAUGUAAAUUAGGAGAUUUUGGCCUGGUUAUAGAUCUGUCAAAGGGCAAUGAUUUUUCCGAGGCUCAGGAAGGUGAUCCAAAAUACCUGGCACCAGAAUUGAUGGACGGGAAAUAUAGUAAGGCGGCUGAUAUUUUUAGUUUAGGAAUGACAGUGCUAGAGUUAGCCAGUGACCUUGACCUACCUAGAGGAGGAGAGGGCUGGCAUGUACUGAGAAGAGGACAGCUCCCUGAUGAAUUCCUGAGAGAUAAAUCGUUUGACCUGAAGUAUGUGAUACGUCAGAUGUUGGAUCCUGCACCGAGUCAUCGUCCUACAGCCGAUCAAUGUCUCGCCUUCCCUUACGUCAGAAAGGUGCUAAAGAAGAGAAGGCGAGAGUACAUGCUUAAAAGUGCUAUAUCUACUGUAAAGUCUUCAUUAUUUCAAGUAUGGGAAUGGAUGUUGCUACUACUGACUUUGUUCACCAUUCCGUACAAUAAAAUACGUAUCCGAUACAGAAAGUCCACACAUUCUAGUAGCCUCUCAUCCAGCUUCAAUACUUCCGGACAGCUGGAUCAUAGCCUCUCAGAUGAUGAAUUAUUUUUAAAUGAUGUGAGUAUACAUAACAAUUCUAUUGGCGCUCCAUUUGAUACUUCAUCCUCGGACAACAGUUUCCAUGAGGAUGUACCAGUACGACCUCCGGUCAGGAACGCGUUCACAACACCGGCUUUACGUAACCGACACUACAGCCACAUUCCAUCACCCAUGAGUUCCUCUCCUGUUGGACGAGUUUCUAGAGAUGCCUCUGUACAUUCUGCAAGUCCCAUACAUCACCAGAAUGAUGACAGUGUGAAUAGUAGUAGCUUAAGCUGGAGUGACGAAGACCGACCUGUCACACCAACGUUACAUCUAAAUCCCGAGACGGAGGAAGCCGUUACCAUUAAAGCCAACAUCGAACCUAAAAAUCUGCUGGGUAUGUUUGAUGCAGCCAGUGAUGAGGAAGAUUGAAAACUUGGUGCUCCGGACGUUUAAUGAUUAAAUUCCAGAGUCUGUUAUGAAGCUGGAACAAAUUUAACAUACAGGAAAAUAUAUAUCUGUAUAUAGCUUUGUAAGCUAGAUAUUUAGUUUGUUUCAAAGGUUAAGGCAGAAAAGAUUUCUUUAAUGUUUACAUUUAAGUAUGUUAACUGGUAUCAUUAUUUAGAUUUCAGAAAUUGUAUAUGUAUUUUAUUAUUAUUAUUUUUUUAUUUUUUUUAAUUCAAAGAAAAGAGAUCAAAAACCAGAUGUGUUCAAGAUAAUUGUAUGCAAUAUAUGUUGUAUUUCUUUACCAUUGGUAAUGGAUUAUUUUUUCUGUUGGUCAGUUUUGUAAAUUGUUGCAAUUGUAAAGGUUCGAUAUUAACUCAACCCACAAAGUGUUCAGAUGUACAUUUUACUGUCAAAAAACUGCCAUAUUAUAUAUGUAUGAUUUCUUUAUACUAAUGUUAGCUCAUUAUUUACAUUGUUUUCAAUUGAUUAUUGUUUUUUUAUUGUUGUUAAUUUGAAUAAGGAUUGAGAGUGAUGAAGUUAGUUUUGUAAUGAGAUAAUUUCAUAUGUAAAUGCCAAGAGCUGGAAGGUCUAGUGGUUAAGGUGUCUGCCUCUCAACCCAGGGAUCAUGGGUUAGAGCCCUAAUCAGGUCACGACCAUGUUUCUUCAAAUGACACCAGUACUGGUUGGUUCCGGGUAGCGGACUCGAAAGUGAUUAAUAAAAGUUGCAAGAACUUGUUUCGCAAUCGAUCUUAAAUACGAGCCGUGUCAUGACAAAACCAACAUAGUGGGUUUGCGAUCAUCAUGGAACCAGACCAGCCUGCGCAUCCGUGCAGUCUGAUCAGGAUCCAUGCUGUUCGCUAUCAUAUUCUCUACAUGUAAUAGGGUUGGUAAGGGAACAGCAUAGAUCCUGAUCAGACUGCGCGGAUGCGCAGGCUGGUCUGGAUCCAUGCUGGUCGCAAAUGCACCAUGUUGGUUUUGUUGUGACGCGGCUCAUAUUAUGUUUAAGCCAAAGAGCUGGAAGUGAGAUCUUACUCUGACAAUGAAAACUAUCUGUACUUAUUUUAAAUAUAUAUAUAUGGAACAUGAUAUAACAAGACAGGUACCUGGAGAUUAGUGCCGCAUUUUCUUUUUAUCCAGUCAGGUGCUAGUUAGUGGUAGGAUACUACGUCAUCACGCACCUGCAGAAUGCUCCCAAUCGGAGCAUUUUUGUAAACAUCCUGUUGACUUGAAGAUAAAAUAUGUUUUUACUCUAAGAAAUUUUUUAGAAAAUAAAAAAAUAAUGUAGUGUACCAAACAUCAAUGGCUCUAGUACUUGAUAUAAUUGUAAAAAAACGUUUAAAGUUUAACUGUUAAGUUUAGUCCUGAAAAUGGGGUAAGGUGCCCACUUAGACUCCCAAACAAAAUUCAUCCCAUUUUCAGGCUUAAACCAGACAAUAAAACUUUUAAAGCUUUUUAA